AUGAGUGAUCUUAAUGUGGUUACAGUCCAUAACAGCAUGCAUUUUGAAGAUGUAGAAAAGCAUCUAAAAUGUGGAGAAGAGGCUGUGACAGAUGAGGAUAAUGAGGAGAAUGAUUGCAUUGGCUCUGAAAACACUUCUAACAAGAGACAGGAGGCAGUGAUGUUCACACAGGAGCUGGGUGAAGAAGACACCUUAGAAAACAAAGACCCUCUCCCGGACAGUAUGAGUGACAUGAUUUACCAUGUAUCUCCUCUGGAGUCUAUUAAAGUGCUGGACGAAAUGGAUGCAAGAGAAGAAGAAGUGUCUAAAAUUGAAAGAUGCCCAGGAGAUAGGGCUGCCAAGAUCAAAGAGAAGGUUGCUGAUAGAAAAGUCACUGAUCCUCAAGAGGAAGAGGAGAACCAUCUGGCAAGUAUGGAUUACUCAAUGCAAGCAUAUUUAGGAGCUCUCCUUGAUGAUAAUGGAGGUGUUUUAUCUGCAGAUCAGGCCUAUACAAACAUUUAUAAUGCUCACUCUGACCAUAUCACUCCUGGAGGUGAGGAAGACCAUGGGACUUCAGUGGGUGGACUCCAAGAGGAGAAAAGAUGGGAACAAAUUGUUGCAUCAGAUUAUAAGGGAGUGAGCAAGGCUGUAGAGGAGCAUUGCCCAUCAAAGAAAGUGAGUGAGGACAACUUUUGUCACGUUACAAAUUCUACAGAUUGUAGGCUGGAUUAUGAUUCUCUUGGGGAAUUGCAGGCUCUCAAGCUAAAGCACGCUUCACUCCAGACUGAAAUAAACAGACUGUGCGCAGAGCUGAAUGACUCCAAAGUGAGGAUACGGGAGCUGCAAUCAGAUCUGAAUUCUAUGAAGCUGAAAGACGAGGGCCAUGUCCACAGAAUCAGGGAGCUGGAAACUGAAGCAGCUAAUAAUACUCUAAUCAAAGUGCUUACUGAGUGCAAGCCGAAGGUGGAACAAUUGGAGGAGCAAAAAUAUUCAUCACAACAACUGGCCAUUCAGUUUCAAGAGGUGAACAAGAUUGUGGGCCACUUAAAGAAAAGAAUUGACUAUCUGGAGGAAGACAAGAAUAAGAAACGUGUGGAUAUUGUCAACCUGACGGAUCAGCUGGCAGAGACCAGGGGGAUUUUGCUGACUAAUAGCGAGGAGAUGGAGAACACCAAGGCGCUGGUGCGAACCUUGAACGAGCAGCUCGGAAACAACCCGGAUCACAUGAGCAGCCACAUUAGUGCUCAGUCUCGGAGACAAGCCAAACAAGACAGAAGCGAUUCCAAAGUCUGUGUGCUCUUGUGAUAACAAACCAGCAGCACCCUGCCCAAAGUAAGCUAGUGGCGCAAACUGUUCCGUUGCUCUGACUGUA